AUGACUACUGAAGAAUCAUCAACCGUUUCCGAAUCUACACCAAGAAAACGUCAACGUCGUUUGAGACAAGAUCCACAAUUUAUAUUUGAAAAUCCGACAACAAAUGAAAUUGAAAUGGAUACAACAUCUAAAUCAAAUAAACAAAGUUCAAUAAAAACUACAACAAGAUCCGUUCAAUCCGUUGAUGAAAACUCAACUGAUGUUGAUCUAUAUGAACCAGGUGAUAUUGUUUGGUCAAAAUUAGGUAGUUUUCCAUGGUGGCCAGCUCUUAUCUAUCGAUGCAAUGCUGAAGGUGGAAUAUAUACAAAAAAAUUAAGUAUGUAUUAA